UAGUUGAUAUUUUGGUGAGACACCAGGAAGUGCGGAAGAGGGCUAACUCUACCGAAACAGAGGAGUGCCAACGUUCAACAACUUUUUUUAUUUUUUUUGACCACUUUAUCUGUGGAUUUUUCUCGAGAAUUUUAUUGUUGGGUCUCCGAAGAAGCCAUUAAAGAUGCCGAGUAUGGAAAAAAAUCUCUUCAAUCUAAAGUUUGCUGCCAAAGAGCUACAAAGAAAUUCAAAGAAAUGUGACAAAGAGGAAAAAUUAGAGAAGGCAAAAGUCAAGAAGGCCAUCCAGAAGGGGAACAUGGAAGUGGCGAGGAUCCACGCAGAGAACGCCAUCAGACAGAAGAAUCAGUCUGUGAACUUCCUGAGGAUGAGCGCCCGAGUCGACGCCGUGGCAGCGAGAGUCCAGACGGCGGUUACAAUGAACCAGGUCACAAAAUCUAUGGCCGGAGUGGUGAAAGGCAUGGAUGCCACUCUGAAGAGUAUGAAUCUCGAAAAGAUUUCAGCUCUCAUGGACAAAUUUGAACAUCAGUUUGAAACUCUGGACGUCCAGACUGCUCAGAUGGAAGACACCAUGAGCAGCACGACGACUCUCACAACACCACAGAAUCAAGUGGAGUCGUUGCUGCAUGAAAUGGCAGAUGAAGCAGGGUUGGACCUGAACAUGGAACUCCCUCAAGGACAGACAGGAUCUGUGGGUACCAGCGUAGCCUCUGCAGAGCAGGACGAACUGUCUCAAAGGCUCGCCAAGCUCAGAGAUCAGAUGUAAAGAGCAGAAGCAGUGGAGCAGCACCAGAACAGUUCUACACACCUGAUAGACACUACCUGACUAUAACGCCCUCUUCUAGACAUUAUGUCUGCUUUUCCCUCCUCUUUGCAUAUUCUGUCUGGUGAGAAGCAACUGUAAAGAGUAAUUGUUCCCUUAAACUUACGGCGCUUGUUGAUUUUUUUGAUUUCCAGGUUCAUACUAAUAAAAACGAGAUUAAAAAUUGUAAUUGGAAAUUUUUUUAUGAAAUGAAAGAUUUGAUCUUUGUGGUAAAAAAAAAAGAUAUUUAUUCACACUUACAAUAUUGACAGUAAUAAAAUCAAAAGAAAUUAUUACCUUUUUAUUUAUCAUUCAUUUUCAGAUAAGCUCUCAAGGUUUUGUAUAAUAGUACUUUUGUUUUCAUUCAGGUGUGCAUACUUGGGGCAGAAUAGAUGCAUAUUACAUUUCAAGAACUAUUGAAAGCUUUCUUCUUAUUGGUGAACUGACUUUUUGUGUUGAUUUAUUCUAUUUUCUUUAUGAUCAAUAUUUUCAGAAGGUUAUGUUGUCUGUGUCCCUUUUCACCUUCGUCAUUUACUCUCAUUGUUUGGGAAGGGUUAAAAAUAAGAGAAUGAACAAUAAAGUUUUAUAAUACCCAUACAAA